AUUACUCUUGGCCGAAUCACUGGUGCCAAUGUUAAACAGCAGCAACGGGUAGUAGUCAAUGUGAUGUACAAGGCGUGGUGGUCUCUCAGUUACAUCCUUGAUAUGAGCCUUCAAUGUUGUUGUGGACGGCCAAUUGGAGAUCACCUAGGAGUAGACUGUAGCUGGCCUAUUUAUCAGGCUGCCUCACAGAGAGAUGGUGGAGAAUGGUCUGUUCAAAAACACACAAAGACGAGUCCAACAGAUGCAUUUGGUACAAUCAGUUUUCAAGAUGGAGAUCACACUUACCAUGCCAAGUAUAUUAGAAUCUCUUAUGAUAGCAGUUUGGAUCAGCUGUUGCACCUGAUGGUUAAAGAGUGGCAGAUGGAGUUGCCAAAGCUAGUGAUCUCUGUUCAUGGAGGCAUUCAGAAUUUCAAGCUUCCCUCAAAGGUCAAGCAGAUUUUCAGCAAGGGAUUGGUGAAGGCUGCUGAGACUACAGGAGCAUGGAUAAUUACAGAAGGCAUCAACAGCGGAGUGUCCAAGCAUGUGGGGGAUGCACUGAAAGGUUGUACCUCACCACAUCUGCGGAAGAUCUGUGCUGUUGGGAUUCCUCCGUGGGGUAUCAUUGAGAACCGGAGGGAUCUCAUUGGAAAAGAUGUAAUUUGCCUGUACCAGACUCUCAGUAACCCACUCAGCAAGCUAAGUACCCUCAACAGCAUGCAUUCUCAUUUCCUAAUGGCAGAUGAUGGGACAGUAGGCAAGUAUGGGAAUGAAAUGAUACUUAGGAGGAAUUUGGAGAAGUACAUAUCACUUCAAAAAAUACACACAAGAAUGGGCCAAGGUGUACCUGUAGUUGGACUGGUGGUGGAAGGAGGCCUCAAUGUGAUUCUGACGGUGUGGGAGUACGUAAGGGCCAGACCAGCUGUUCCCGUGGUCGUCUAUGAGGGCACUGGCAGAGCUGCAGAUAUCCUGGCUUUUACACACAAACACACAGAUGAUACGGGGGAGCUGCUCCCUCAGGUGAAGGAGGAAGUCUUAGUGAUGAUUCAAAACACAUUUAGCUUGGGACAGAAGCAGUCCACUCAUCUAUUUCACAUUUUGAUGGAAUGCAUGGAACACAGAGAGUCCAUAACCAUAUUUGAUGCAGAAUCAGAUGAUCAGCAGGACAUUGAUUUAGCAAUUCUGACUACAGUCUUGAAAGGUACAAAUAUGUGUGCUUCAGAUCAGCUAGAUUUGGCGUUGGCCUGGGACCAGCUAGAUAUUGCCAAGAAACACAUACUGGUUUAUGGACAACACUGGAAGGUGGGUGCCUUGGAACAGGCAAUGCUGGAUGCUUUAGUGAUGGACCGUGUGGAUUUUGUGAAGCUUUUAAUAGAGCAUGGUGUGAACAUGCACCGUUUUCUUACCAUAUCUCGUUUGGAAGAGCUCUACAAUACAAAACAAGGACCGUCAAAUCUACUUUUGCAUCACCUAGUUCGAGAUGUGAAACAGAAUACCCUUUCCUUGGAUUAUAAGAUAUCACUGAUUGAUGUCGGGCUAGUGAUAGAGUACCUCCUUGGUGGAGCUUACCGGAGCAGCUACACAAGGAAGCAUUUCCGAAUUCUCUACAAUGAUCCCUACAGAAAACACAGGAGCCUGUCUCAUUCCCUUCAUCAGAGUAAUCAGAUGGGUAGCAGAAUGGGAUCUGCUGAAAGUACUUUGCAUUCUCAGUUCUUCAGAACAGCACAGCCUUACAAAUACAAGGAAAGAUCCACUGCUUUUCAUAAGUAUAAGAAGAAAUCAAAAGAGGAUAUGAACUUUGCAGAGAACUGUGAAUCAUCUGGCUUUACGUACCCGUAUAAUGACCUCCUGGUUUGGGCGGUAUUAAUGAAAAGGCAGAAGAUGGCAAUGUUCUUCUGGCAGCAUGGAGAGGAAGCCAUGGUCAAAGCCGUUGUGGCUUGUAAACUCUACAGAGCGAUGGCACGUGAAGCUAAACAGAGCAACAUGGUGGAUGACACUUCAGAAGAACUCAAGAAGUACUCAGAGGAAUUUGGGCAGCUUGCCUUAGAUGUUCUGGAGAAAGCAUUCAAACAAAAUGAGCAGAUGGCCAUGAAGUUGCUGACCUAUGAACUGAAAAACUGGAGCAACUCAACUUGCUUAAAACUGGCAGUAUCUGUGGGGCUGCGGCCUUUUGUAUCCCAUACUUGCACACAGAUGCUGCUGACUGAUAUGUGGAUGGGACGCCUGAAGAUGCGGAAGAAUUCCUGGUUUAAGGUCAUUAUGAGUAUUCUCUUGCCUCCCACCAUCUUGAUGCUGGAGUUUAAAAGCAAGGCAGAAAUGUCUCAUGUGCCACAAUCUCAAGACUUCCACCAGUUCACAUGGUAUCAUGGGGAUCAGUGUCCAACCAGCAAUAAAGAUGCCUUGUCUCUGAAGGAUUAUGAUGUGGAGAAGGUUGCCCAGAAGUCUGAUGAAAGCCGAGUAGAAGGUGGACAAGGAAACCUGCCUGGCACUAGAAAAAUCUACGAGUUCUACAAUGCACCAAUUGUCAAGUUCUGGUUUCACACGAUGGCAUACAUGGCGUUUCUCAUGCUCUUCACUUACACUGUCUUGGUGAAGAUGGAACCAAGUCCGAGCGUGCAAGAGUGGCUUGUUAUCAUUUAUGUUUUCAGCACUGCUAUUGAAAAAGUCAGGGAGGUAUUUAUCUCAGAACCUGGAAAAUUCCGAAAAAAAGUGAAGAUGUGGAUUUAUGAAUACUGGAAUUUUACUGACUCUAUAGCUAUCGUCCUGUUUAUGAUAGGUUUUGGCUUGCGCUGGUCUGACGCCCCUGCUCAAACUGCAGGGAGGCUACUUUACUGCUUGGAUAUAAUAUUCUGGUAUGCUCGACUCCUUGAUCUUUUUGCUGUGAAUCAGCAUGCUGGCCCAUACCUGACAAUGAUUGGGAAAAUGACAGCAAACAUGUUCUAUAUUGUGGUCAUGAUGGCCAUAGUUCUGCUGAGUUUUGGAGUGUCACGGAAGGCAAUCCUUUCACCAGAAGAGCCUCCUUCUUGGACUCUGGCACGAGACAUUGUAUUUCAACCCUACUGGAUGAUGUUUGGUGAGGUGUAUGCUGGAGAAAUAGAUGUCUGUGAAACCAAUGAAGACUGUCCUCCUGGCUCCUUCCUCACACCAUUCCUCCAAGCUGUCUACCUCUUUGUGCAAUACAUCAUCAUGGUCAACUUGCUUAUUGCUUUUUUUAAUAAUGUUUAUUAUGAUUUGAAAUCCAUAUCAAACAAGAUCUGGAAGUAUAACCGGUACCGCUACAUUAUGACCUACCAUGAGAAGCCGUGGCUGCCUCCUCCCUUCAUCCUCCUGAGCCACAUUGCACUUCUGAUAAACCACAUCUUCCACCAUCGGCCCCCAAAUGAGUUGGAUCAAGAGGAAGGCGAUGUUGGACUAAAGCUGUACCUGAGUGAUGAGGAGUUAAAGAAACUCCAUGACUUUGAGGAACAGUGUGUAGAAAAGUAUUUUCAUGAGAAGAAUGAAAGCCUGAGUUCCAGUGACAGUGAAAGGAUCCGUCUGACAACAGAAAGAGUGGAGGAGAUGUUUCUGCAACUUAAGGAAGUGCAUGAGAAGGUAUUUUUUAUCAAGGAGUCAUUACUGUCCCUGGACAGCCAGCUAGGACACUUGCAAGACCUGUCUGCCUUCACAGUGGACAUCCUGAAAGUGCUUUCAGCUGUAGACACCUUGCAGGUGAAAGAAGCCUUGCUGGCUGACGCAAAACAUCGAACCUGUAGGAAGCUGCCCCACAGCUGGAGCAAUGCACUCUAUUCCAAGACCUUGAGCAGCCUAGAGUGUUUGUAUGAAAAGAAAUACCAUUAUUACAGCAUGCCACCCUCCCUCUUACGGAGCUUGGUAAGGAGUCAAUGGCCAUCUGAGUGCAAAGACCACGUGUCAAGGACCGAGAGUAACAAGAUGGUAGAAGACAGCUCUCAAAAGAUAGAAAUAGAAAGUGACACACUCACUUCAGGAGUAUCCUCUGAGACUAAGUCAACCCCUAGAUAUGGACAGUUUUUGCUGGUUCCCCCUGACCAUCAAGGAGGGUCUUUCUCUGAGGAUGUCACCUUAAAUUUGUCCUUUUUGAGCACUCCUGCCAAAUAUAGGGAUGAUGCAUUCAGAGGUGAACUGCAAAGUAGCAUUAUGGUGCAGCAGAACUUGCGGGGUGUCAGCCUUAUUGGGAAAAAGCCAACAGAUUAUCAGUGGAGCCAGAGAGACUUUGCAAUUCAUUUGCCAUCAGAAAAGACUAAUGCUGCAGAAGAUGCUCAUCCUCUAUAUCUCCCGCAAUCACUGGGUAUUGGAGAGAGUGCAGCACCCUCCUGUGAUGACAGGGAAGAAACUGAAGGUGGCUAUGUGAACUGGGGAUUCUCUGAAGGUGACGAAAAAGGAGUUUUCAGCCCAGAAACAAAGAAGGCCCUACGCAUAUGUUCAACCUGUAACAGUGACUGCAGUUGCAUGGAUAGUCCUCCCAGGCAUGUCCAGAUAAGAGAAUCAAAGUCUUUCUCCUGCAGCUCUAACAGGUCAUGUCACAGCAGUAUCACCUCUCAGAAUACACUGAAACGCAGCACCUCCUGGAUCAGCCCACUCUGGAAGGACUGGAGUUUCUGCAAGAGCAAUAGCCUAUUGUCCCCUAAGAAAGAGAAAAGAGGAAAAACCUGCAAGGCUAUAAGUGGGUCUUUACAAUCCAGUGAGCUACACCACAAUGAGGCAACCAAAGCAAAACAAGGAAACAGAGACAUAAAGUCUGGGACAGGAAAGAAGAAUCAAAAACCCCUUCAGGUGCCGGUGAUUAGAGUGGAUGAUUGUCCCCAGAACACCCAAGUAAGUUCAGAGCCGGCAGAGAUCAAUGUCUGGGAUGAGCAAGAGAAACGCAGCAAGAAUUGGCUCACUGUGUCUACUUUCAGUCAGCUAAGUUUGGAACGUCUCAGUUACAUGCACCAGAAAAUGAAAAAUCAAGACAUCGGUAGGGAUACCAUACCAUUCUGUGAUUACCUGAGGUAUUCUCAAGAG